AUGAGGCUGGGAUUCUUCUGUGCUCUGCUUUCUCUCCUGGCAGGGCAUGGCUGGGCAGACACCCGAGCCAUUGGGGCUGAGGAAUGCCGCCCCAACUCGCAGCCCUGGCAGGCCGGGCUCUUCUACCUCACCCGUCUCUUCUGUGGGGCUUCCCUCAUCAGUGACCGCUGGCUGCUCACAGCUGCCCACUGCCACAAGCCGUAUCUGUGGGUCCGCCUCGGGGAGCACCACCUCUGGCAAUGGGAGGGUCCAGAGCAACUGUUCCGGGCCACGGAUUUCUUCCCCCACCCUGGGUUCAACAAGGAUCUCAGGGCUCAUGACCAUAGUGAUGACAUCAUGCUGAUCCGUCUGCCCAGGAAGGCAUACCUGGGACCUGCUGUGCAGCCCCUCAACCUCAGCCAGACCUGCGUCUCCCCAGGCACCCAAUGUCUCAUCUCAGGCUGGGGGGCCGUGUCCAGUCCUAAGGUGCAGUACCCACUCACGCUACAGUGUGCCAACAUCAGCAUCCUGGAACACAAACUCUGCCAUCGGGCUUAUCCAGGCCACAUCUCGGAUGGGAUGCUCUGUGCCGGCCUCUGGGAGGGGGGCCGAGGCUCCUGCCAGGGUGACUCUGGGGGCCCCCUGGUUUGCAACGGGACCCUGGCUGGUGUGGUGUCUGGGGGUGCCGAGCCCUGCUCCAGACCCCGGCGCCCAGCCGUGUAUACCAGCGUGUGCCACUACGUGGACUGGAUCCGAAAGACCAUGGAGGACAACUGA